AAACAGUCUCCGCGAAGUUGAAACAUAAACAAAGCCAUGCACCUGUCCAUGAGCCUGUCCAGUUUUUACGAUGGAGUCACCAUACGAUGGAAAAGCAGCGACAUCAUGCUGUGGCAGUAUUUUUGUGAUAUAAACACAGGUGAUCUUAAAGAUGUAGCUAAUACCUAGAAGAUAUCCAAGUUGACUGUAAAAGGGAAGCUGAUCCAAAACUCCUUUAAACAUGGAUAUCAACUGUGGGAUGGAAUUACAUUUUGCUGAGACUGCCAAUCUUGAAGAGAGUGAUUUUGUGUCUUCUGGAACAGGAUUGUCAGAGACCUCUAAUCUUGAGGAGAGUGAUUUUGUAUCCUCUAGCACAGAAUUGUCGGAUAAGCUUAAUUUGGGUGCAAAUACUGAAGCAGUUCAUCAUUUAUUGGUACUUGAUCAAGUCUCGCCUCCAUCAAGGGCAUGUGGUGAUCAUGAUGGUAAUGACAAACAUCUCUCUGCAGCAGAUUUCAAGCUUGAUUUGGGUCCAGCAAAUGAUUUAGUAUCUGCUGCAGAUUUUCCUAUUGAAAAUUCGGUCACAGAUAUCACAAGUGAUGGAGGUACAGAGGAGAACAGUGAGGGUUAUAGCAUACUAAACGCUGCACUGGAAGGCAAUCCCGACCUAAAGCAACACAUGGCCCCAUCUCGUGCCACUGUCAAUACAAUUCCUACAUUACCUUUAGGCUCAAUCUUACCCAAUCUCCAGGCUGUACAAGUUGUUCCCAUUGCCAAUCUUCAGCAACUCCAGCUUCUUACAUCAGCAAGACCAACUAACAGUGACUCAACAGUGGCACAACUUCUGUCUGCGAAUCAAAAGAUGGGACAUAUACUUCAACUGGGAUCACAGCAGACAAACAAUCCAAAACUUAUUCCACUGCUUCAACAUGAAAAUAACCAGGUGCUCGGUCUCUCCAACUUGGAAAAUCAGAAAUUGUCAAUUGGUUCUAACCAGUGCUCAACAGAUGCUUCAAAAACUGUUCAACAACUGAUAAACUUACAGUCAGGUUCCACUUCAGCAUUUUUACUAGGUAAUCUUUUAGUGUUACAACCUGUUGCUAGCCAGCUACAAGGAAAUAUGGCUUUGAAUCAGCCUUCUGUAACUUCUCUAGAUCCAAACAGCUCUUUAUGUGUAAACAAUACUAACACAACUUUGCAGCCAUCAUGUGCAACUUCUUCCAAUUUAAAUACCUCUGAAGCACUGCUGAAGAAGAUUGUUCCACGACCCAGUAGUUGCACACAUUCAGUGACAACUGGCACAAACUUGCCUGUUCAGACGACUUUAUUUAGUGUUGCUCAGACAGGUCCCAGUUCUUUGCAUAGUGUCAAUACAACAGGAAGUAUCCAGCAGAUGCAUUGUGGGAAGAAUGGAAAUAAGAUAGAGGAGACUGCUGCAGAAGCAGCUAGUUCUGAUAAGGUAAACCAAGAACAAGACAAAACAGACAGUUUAAAGAUUGCUGGACAGAAAAAUACAAAAAUUGUAAUAUAUGGUAAAACAAUAUCAAUGACAUUUGACUGUAGAAAUAAAAAUGGUGUACUUCCAUCAACUUCAUGUAGAAAUAAAUCUUUAAAUCAAGUUAUUCCAGGAGUUUUAAAUUCCCAACAAGGGACAUCAACUGUGAAGACUUCAUUAGUAUGUUCUGGUACUGAUAGCACCUCUAGUGCAGAAAAGAGCCGUAUACCUACAGUCCAACCCAACUCCACAGUUAAUUCAUCACAGGUGAAAUAUGUGUCUAUUUUAGAACCAAACAUUUCUUCUAAAUUACCUGGUAAAGCAAACAGUGUACAAACAGCAGUAUCAACAUCUUUACCAGUGCAAGUUCAAAACAAGUCAGAUGUUGAUAAAAUCAUGCAAAUGAAUCCGAUCAAGCUGAAUCUUGCUUCAUCUCUUACAACAUGUCAAAGUACCUCACAAGAUCAUGCGGAUCCAAGUCAUACUGUUGGACAGACUUCACAGACUAGUGAGAUGGAGCAGGAACCAAUGAAAGAUGUAACUGUGAUAGACCAAACAACUACUCUACAGGGUAGUACGAGGCAUGAGUACAGAUGUGAUCUCUGCAGUGCUUCCUUCAAUCGCUAUGGCAACUACACUCGACAUAGGAUGAUCCACACUGUCAAUACAAAGGAUGAUUACCGUUAUAAGUGUCAGGAGUGCGGAAGACUGUUCCUCCAGCGAUGUGACAUGAAGCGACACAUGCUGAUCCACACAAACGAGCAGCCAUUCAGGUGUAAUGAAUGUGGCAGAGGUUAUAUACGAAGGAGUGACUUGGUGGUUCACAUGAGAUUUCACAAGAAGGAGAAGACAUUCAAGUGUGUUUACUGCUCCAAAAAUUUCUAUCAGUCAGGUGACCUAAACAGGCAUAUGAGGAAUAUCCACCUUCAGACUUCUAUGUUGACUUGUGGUCACUGUAGCCGUCAGUUUGUGAAGGAGGCCACACUGAUACGACACAUGCAGACAAGACAUCGUGACAUUAUCAUUAAGACCCUGAAAACCAAAACCACAACAUCUAAUGCUGAAAAUGAGCAGGAAGGCAAUCCAUCUAAUAUAAACAAGGACACAUCUCUUAAUAACCUGAUGAAGUCUGAAGACAUUGAGGAUAUUAUAGAGGAUGUUAUACACAGCAGUAACUGUAUAGGGAAUGAAACAGAUGACACUAUCCAUAUGGAUGAGACUACACCAAUCACACCCACCUGUGAUGUGGAAACCUCGUCAGGGAUUAUACAGUUUGAAGGUCAAGCAUUGAGUAAUGAGAUCCCACAGACAGAAGGCCAGUAAAUAGUGCUCAGCUUACUUGACAUGUUCUUUCACAGGCUACUGGUAAUCCUACCAAAAGGAAGUGUUGAAGGAAUACAUAAGCAUAUGGUUUGAAAUCCUUUAGUAUUUUGUAGUGUUUCUACCACUUGAAUUAUUUUCAUUAUCUUCAUUUGGUCUAUUCUUGAUUUGCAAUCUCCUGACAGCAAGGGGAAUUUAAGAAUUUGUCAGGUUUUUGUGGAAGAGGAAAGCCUGUGUUGCAGAAAAACAAUCAAACUGCUGUCAGUAUGGUUCUUUAUUGGCGACUCCCAACAUAGGCAUCAAACCAGUGAUCCAGAGGUGGAGAGCUAGUGAAAUAGACAGCACUUUAACCACUCAAUUCAUUGAUAUUCGUAUUUCUGCAUGGUAUAUUGAAAAGUGUCACAUCAAGUGCUAUUAUAAAGAAAUAAAGACACUAUGUUAAAGAUUAUUUCACUUUGAUAACUGGUCACAGGGCAAUAUUGCAUUGACAAAUGAAACCAAAUAUAAAACUCAACAUCCUCUUUCUCUACAUUCUUGGGUAAUAAAGAGUGAAGUAAGAAAAACAGUAGCAUCAAUUAUUUCCAACAAUUCCGAACGUAAUCAACCUAUACAUAUAAAGAUGGAUAGGAGUUCUCUCCCUUUCCCUACACACAAAGGUUUUGUUUAAGGCAGAUUUGGGGAUUUAGUUUUCCUCUCUGUCCAUCUGUCCGUCCCUUUAUCUAUGAAAGUUUGUCAGUGCUCUGGCUGCUUCAUUCCUUAAGGUAUUUAAAUCAAACUUCACACACUUAUGAAGCCUCAAAAUAUCUUCAAGUUCAAGUUUCAGGGUUGUUGGGUCAAGGUCACCUGUGGUGACCAGUAGGGAACAUUUAUUGCUUCAGCAAUAAUUGUUAUGCUUGUUAUUGUAUAAUAUUGUUCAAAAAAACUAAUUCAAUGUGAUUUUUUCUAGAUGUGAAGAAUUGCAUUUAUGGGAAGUGCAGAACAAACAAUACACUAUGUAUAUAAUUUCUUGUAUUCAUGGGGAAUUUAUAUCACUUUUGCUCAUUUCAGACUGCUGAAAAUUCCAUCUUUGAUAAGAUAUUUGAAGAUAUCUGUUUACUAUAAAAUUCAUAUAAGACUUCAUCAAAAGCAAAAACAUUCAUCCUAGAUCUUAAAGAAAUAAACAUGAAAUUUUAGCCCAGUUAAAUUAAAUGAUUAAAUGAUACAUAGAUGGCUGUAAUUUAUCAAAUAAAUUUCAAAACCGUAU